GGGCCGGGAACUGCGCUGGGAACGGAGCUCCAUCCUGGUGCAUGCGGCCCCACGGGGUGAGAGCAGCAGGGAAGGGUUAACCCCACUGCGCUCACCCGCAGAAAGCCAAGCCCAGAUUAAGCGCUGCAGGACGUCACUUUCCAUUACGGGAAGGGCUCCCGAGGCAGCUCCUGGUCUGGGAUUACGGCUGGCACAGCGAGCGCUGCGAUGUGCGCGGUGCGGAGCUGCUGCUGAGCGGGGCCAUGUGGGAGCGCGCCCGCGCGGCGCUGCUGGGCUCACUGUCCAUGGGCUCUGCACGCCUCUGGGUGCGGAUUCGGGCCUUCUGGCACAGGAACGGCCUCCUGACACUGUCCAUGCUGUCGGUGGCCACCGGCUGCCUGCUGGGCUUCCUGCUGCGGGCACUGGAGCUGACGGAGCUGGUAAGGAUGGGGUGGGAGCGAGGGGAGCACGGAAGGGCUCAGCCCUGAAUGCGGGGGCUCCUGCCUGAGAGAACAACCUCUCACAAAUGGGUUUUCUUCUUAUUUUGGCCCCGGAGCGGCAGGACAAAUCCUGCAUCCCUCUGUUGGGGACCUUGCUGGGCUGCAGGGGGGUGGGGGGGAAGGCAGCUGCUGCCCUGUGCCCUGGGUAUGGAUGCUCCAUGCUUGGGGCCAUCCCAUGGCACAGGGCAGCAGUGCUGGUAUCCCACAGCCACACUCCUCCACUGCCUGUGCAGGUGCUCAGCAUCCAGGCGAGUCCCAGCACAAACCGUACCAGACUCCCAGGGGUCCCCUCCUGUUCCCAAAGGGCCAUUAAAUGUCACCGUGUUAAAAUCACAGCGGUUUUAACUCAGCCCUGAUCUGUGGGAUGCACAGCUGCUGCCGGCACAUCCCCGCAUAACCUGCGAGGAUUUGGCAUUUGUCACUUCAAUUACACCCUGCAGCAUUACUGCCUGGAGCGAGGAUGAUCUGACUUAACUGAAGCGGGGUGUAAUCCCACUGCACCCCAAUGCACGUGGCCACGAAAGAGGCAGCAUCCCACUGCCCCCGGUCCUGCCCCUACCCCAGGGUGCCUGACAAAUCCACAUGGCACUGGGGAAGGUUGGAUGCAGGACGGAUGGAUGGAUGGAUGGAUGGAUGGACGGAGGGAGGGAGGGAGGGAAGGAGCCUCCAGAAGGAUGUAAAUGGAGGAAGGGAUGGCAGAGGGACAGACAGACAGAGGGACAGACAGAUGGUGGAUGGGUGAGUGGGUGGAAGGAUGGAAGGAUGGGUGGAUGGCAGGCGGGCACCCAGAGGUGUGGAGCAACAGAAGUGUGGCCAUGGGGCUGUUCCCACAGGGGGAUGUGCCUUUGGGAUGGGGAAUGGCCCCACACCGCUCCUCAGCUCCUGGCCGGAUUUCCCCAUGGGGUGGGAUUUAUUCCCCCCAGCAGCUCUGGUAGGGGAUGGGCAGCAAAACCACACUGUCACACCGGGGAAACAAGCUCAAGUCUGGGUCCCACUGGGAAAAAGAGCAAAUCUGCCUGAUUUGAGCCCUUCACCCACAAUCUGUGCACACCUCCCCAUUGCCAUCCCUCCCAACGCUCUGCUCCCUGCAGGAGAAGCAGUACUUCUCCUUUCCUGGAGAGCUGCUCAUGAGGAUGCUGAAGAUGCUGAUCCUGCCGCUGAUCACCUCCAGCCUGAUGUCCGGGCUGGCCACCAUGGAGCCCAGGGCCUGUGGGAAGAUGGGGGUGAUCACCAUCACCUAUUACCUUUGGACCACUUUCAUGGCGGUGACCAUCGGGAUCAUCCUGGUAGUCAGCAUCCACCCUGGUGUGGCCGCGCAGAAGGAGGACUACUCGGCAGGGAAGGUGGUGCUCAGCUCUGCCGACGCGCUGCUGGAUUUGAUCAGGAACAUGUUCCCUUCCAACUUGGUGGAAGCUUCCUUCCAGCAGUAUCGAACCGUUAUUGUCCCAGUGGUGAAGUCUCCACGAUUCCCAACAAUCCCAGGGAAAUCCCUCAGUUUUAUUUACUUUGCACCGGAUGAGGAAAACCCUGAAAUCCACCGGCCCGUGUUUCUUGAGCUAACACCGUCUCCCGAAAUGACGUACAGGACCCUGCCAGGGACCAGCAACGAGAUGAACGUCCUUGGGAUUGUCAUCUUCUCCGCAACCAUAGGGCUUCUCCUGGGAAAGAUGGGUGAGCGAGGAGCACCGCUGGUCAACGUGUGCCAGUGUCUGAACGAAGCCGUGAUGAAAAUCGUCUCCAUGGCUGUCUGGUACUUCCCUUUCGGCAUUGUGUUUCUCAUUGCUGGGAAGAUCCUGGAGAUGGAAGACCCAUCGGUUACAGGCCAGAAGCUGGGGCUGUAUGCAAUCACUGUGGUGUCGGGGCUGGCCAUCCAUGGACUCGUGCUCUUACCACUGCUCUUUAUACUCAUCACCAAGAAAAACCCCUAUGCUUUCAUUAAGGGGAUACUACAAGCUUUGCUGAUUGCCUUAGCUACAUCUUCCAGCUCAGCGACCUUGCCCAUCACCCUUAAGUGUCUUCUGGAAAACAACGGCAUAGACCGGCGCGUGGCACGCUUCGUCCUUCCUGUUGGUGCCACCAUCAACAUGGAUGGCACAGCACUGUAUGAGGCAGUUGCUGCCAUCUUCAUCGCCCAGGUCAACGAGUACGACUUGGAUUUGGGGCAGAUCGUGACGAUAAGCAUAACAGCAACUGCAGCGAGCAUUGGGGCGGCUGGCAUCCCCCAGUCAGGACUCGUGACAAUGGUGAUCGUGCUGACCUCGGUGGGGCUGCCCACUGCUGACAUCACACUCAUCAUCGCGGUGGACUGGGCCCUGGACCGAUUUCGGACCAUGACCAAUGUCCUCGGGGACGCGCUGGCUGCUGGCAUCAUACAACAUGUCUGUGAGAAGGACUUUGCCCCAAAGCCCCCAAAGCAAGAUACAGCGAGCGACACAGACAAGUUUCCUUCUGCAGAGCCCCCACUUCUGCAUCCCAAAGACAACGUGAUCCAGCUGCUUGAGGACACUCUGUUUGAGCAGAUGGGAGUGCACUACAACAUCUGCCAGGUGUAGGUUGCAGCACUCCCACCCCAGGACGGGACCUCGGUGCUAAAGCAUUCCCAAUGCCACGUACAGCUGCUCCGCAAGACAAAGGCCUUACCUGGGGCAGCAAACCCCUCUCUAUCCUUUCUGCCCUGCUGCUUGGAGCUGAGGACACGACCGAACUGGCUGCCCUGCCUACAGCAGUUGGGGUUAUGGCACAGCCCUGUCCCCUUUCAAAAGGCUGCUCAGGGGAGCGGGGAACAGCAACGAGGUGACGGCAGCAGAGGUGGAACUGAAGCUGUCAUCUUAUGGCAGCAGCCUCUAUCUGCUGCCCAGGCUGCAUGCCAUAAGGUGUUAAUAGUUAUUUUUAAACCUUUUUAUAUAUACUAAUACAUACCAAUAUAUAUUACAUAUUAAUAUAUACAUAUACAUGCAUAUCUUUUAGGUUCUCAUCUGAAAAACAAAGUGUAUCUUUUGCCCAGAGCCCAAAGCCAAAGCUGAGCAGAAUGGAUGCUGCCACAGUGAUCAGCAUGCUGCAUCGGUUUAUAAGCAUUACCCCAUUGCAGCUGUGCUCCUAAGUUCAAAUUCCCAUUCCAAUGAAAGCCUUAAAACACAGCUCCCAAGGGCAGCCUUCUCCAGAAAAGCCUUUCAUACACCUUAUGUGUGCUGCUAGAUGCAUUUACCUCUUGCAACGUCACCACAUCCCCCUCCUGCCCUGGGUUGUCAUUACUGCCACAGCACGAGGCUGACGGAAGCAGCUUAAAUCCAUACCAACAUCACUGAGUUCACUAAAAGGUGACACAACCCACAGGGAAAUGAAUUGAGCUAUCCCUAUUACUCAUAUGCAGGCAGACGAGAUCAGCUAACAAGCUGAUGAGCACUGGGGUAAGUCCAGCAGCAGCAGCAGAGUAAUGCAUCCAGUCCCAAAACGUCAGCACGGUGUUCUGCAUUCAGAGUAACAUGACUGCACCAGAAGUUGAGGGACAGGAAGUUUCCAGAAGUCAUGAAAGCCACUGAGAAUGGGCCCAAAGUCACUGAGCAGCACCAGGAGCAGCACUGUCCCCCCUCUGGGACUGUGGGUACGACACGUGGGAAUGGGGUGAACUGAAGGAUUCUGCUCAGCACACUGAAAACUACUUCAGCCUCAAAGACAGUGUGUACCAUAUCUUCAUAAAGCUGGGAGAGCAACUGGGCAAAGGCACGGGGUUGUUAUCUGAGCAUUAUUCUUGCUGAGAAAAAUCACCAGGAGCUGCCUCUUUGCAAUAAAACCCCCGUAGAAGCUACUUAUGCCUUCUAUGACUAUUAACCCAAGGUGGCAGAAGCCCUUGGCUUUGUGGUACCUCCUGAAAUUCGGGUAGAAAACCCAACCAUUUGGCCGAAUGAGCCUUGGUUGGGGAAUGGGAUGCCACCAGCGGGUUUGGUGAAGGGGAGGAGGUGACCCUAAGGAUGACCCACCAAGGAUUCUAUGAUUCUAUGACCCGCAUCAGGCACUCAGCUCACGCAGCUCUUGUUCAUCACUGGUGUAAAUGCAAAGCUAAUGGCAGUGGCUGUGUUGGAAAGCAGUGUUUCAGAGCUGAGACUCCGCUCCAUCAAACAGUGUUACUGUGCUCUCCAUAUCGGUUAUACGCUGAGAAGCAUCGCUCCUUUUGUGCGUGGAGAUCACGGGCACUUGUUGGGACAUUUGUAGAUAGCCAUCACAAGAUGUUCUCAGUGAGCUUAGCCAACCCUUUAAUUAUUUUGUACGCUGAAAGGAGCAGAAAAGAUGUUUCUCUGGAGCUUUGGAUGUGGAUGGUGGAUUAUAGCCAUGUUCUGCCGUACGCAGUGAAGACUGUGGCUGGUGUUCGCAGCCCUCAGUCUGUGGCCGCAUCAGAGAAAAUGAGAAGCUCUAGAGGGAAAUGAAAUAAGGAAGUAAAUGAAAAGAGGGGAAGGAGCAGACAGGUCCCUCCUCACUCUCACUACACGUUCACUCCCGAAAGGAGCAGUUCGGAUAGAUGGAUGUGCUGCUAAUUUAAAAAUGUGGGUCACCCCGAUGUUAGGGCAGAUGGGAAAGAAAACACAGGGCUGGAGCAGUGCUCCCAGCCCAACCUUGCUGCUCCACUUACCUGCGGCCAGCUCACCUCAGAACCUGCCGCUCACUGUCCAUCCACAUGCAGAACCACAACCACGUGGUUAUUUGGCCAUCCUCCUCCACCACUUGGUCUCCAGAAGUUUGCAGUUGUCUGCAAAGCAUUACCCCAAACCACGUUCUGGUGCUAGAAUGUUAACAGCAACGUGAUGCUCCCGUGUUUCAAGAACACUGCCUCGUCCUUGGGUGUUUUAAGUCCAUUUCCGUUUCUCUCCCUAACACCAUUUCCCAACUGCAGGUAUUUGCUGUGACAGACCAAACACUGCUGGCACUUCCAUCCCCGAGACGUCCAGUCAUCCCUCCAUUCAGAGCCAGGCACAAUUCCCCCCGCUCUGCUCCCAAUGGCAAUCCAAUGCCAAUCCUCACCUUUGACUGUGAGUUUCUCCUGCCCAUAUGGUGGUGAUCCCUCCUCUUCCCACAUCCCAUCAUCUGUUCUUCAUUGCUAAUAGCUGUUCUUCAAGGAUGUGGGCACCAAUGCAUGGUUCCUACACACGAAGGCUUCAGUGGGAAAUAGAACACCGACACAGACACUUUGUGCGCAGCAAUUCAUUUGCUCAUAACCACUUACAGAAGCAGGUCUAUCUGCGUGUAUUCCUUCAGGCCUUUGCUUUUCCAGCUAAGUACAAGCAAUCCACGCAUGGAGCCGUUAAGAAUGUUUGUCCACCUACAAACUGAACGAUGUCGGGCCUUAAGACCCCUUUGAACUCAAACCACACAAUGUUUUGUAGCUGAGAAUUUGCUCCAUCAAACGGUGUUAGUGUGCUCUCUGUGGCAGUUGUUGUUUCCAAGGAAAUAAAUAGCAGGUAUUACUUUCAGAGCGACUUGUGAAUAUGCAUGACACAAUCCAAUAAAAUGCAAACUCUGUCUCUGGUUGAAGCUGGUUUUUUUUUUUUGGAAAGUUUCCAUACCCUUUUUUUUUUUUCCCAGUGUAACAGCAGAUCAGUGUGGAUUUCAAAUGCACAGCAUUGAAAACAUUUUUAUUUCAAAAAGGGGAUACAUCCCAGACCUGACAGCUGGGACAGAGCAUGCCAAGCCCAACCAGAACUGCCUCAUAGGAACAGAUGAAUUGAAGCCAUCGUUACAGAGGAAAUUCUGAGAACUUCAGUCCAACGAUGAGCAUCACAGGUCCUCAGCUGACUGCCACCAUCCCUGCAGCCCUUCUAAGCUGAGGUCGAACAUUUUGGCAGUUCUACAGAAUGUUUCCUUCUGCAGUGUCCUCACUCCCACUCCAGUUUCAUCUCCAGCUACAAAACCACUGAACUGCACUGGUGGUUCCUGGAUUCUGAGCUCCCUUCCACACAGCCGGUGCAACGAAGCCCUGAGGGUGACACAGAAACAAGCCAAUGCAUCCAGGUUGUCAAGUCUCCACCAACAUCCUUCCACUAUGCUCCUACAACAAAGCACGUGGCAAGGCAGACUGCGGACUGCCAGAUCCAUCCUCCCUGAUCCCCAGCCUCGUACAUUCCCUACCCAAAGCACAAAGACCAGUGGGAGACACGGCACAUAUAAACAAACUGCAUUGUUUAUUAUCUUCUUGUCUUCAAUCCUGCAUGCCAUGAGACACCGUGAAGCACACUUGUUCGAACCACCACGUGGAUUUUCCCACUGCUACAGCUCCCUCAGCAAUUUCCAGUUGGGUCACCUCUUCAGAGAGGGGUUCUCCAUCCAUGUUACCACCGGUCAGAGCCGUGCACCCAAUUCCUGAGCAUGCACACCUGUCUGUGAGCUCCUCUGGAUGACGUGCCCACGCUGUGCAAGAACACCAACACUUCUCACGCCUCCUGAGCACCCUUCCUGGCAGGAAGUUCAGAGCUACGGGUUCUCCCAGCAGCUUCCAGCUCAGGGUUUCAUAGUGCAUGUGAUAGUUCAAUGCAAAGAAAAGCUGAAGGUGCGUUCCUGAAAAGUAAGCGAACUGCUGUGUCCUCCCAGGUGAGAACCUCCUGCUUAGCUCUCCCCAUUGCCAUUUUUCUUAUAGCACCUUCCACUUCCAGUACUUCUAAUGAUCAAAGACAUCCACCAAACUAAUGAUAUUAUUUGUGGUAAACCCCUGUGACAACCUGUGACCCUUUUCUUUACCUCCACAUUGUUAAAUGUGCUAUCCAACGCUUGGGUAACAUUAUUCCCUGCUGUCCCUCACUGGGACCAAGGAUGGAGUCAUCACAGUUCAGCACAGCACGCAGCCUUCGUUCCCUGACUUCAGCCUGAAAGCACUGCCUAUAGAAACAUGUUGCAGAAUAGAGACAAGAUGGAUGAGGUUAAGGUUAUGUGUGUCACAUCUCCUAUUAUCCAUACACCUAUCACUGCCACUUUCUACUCACAACUUAUCACCCAUACUAAUUAAAACAAUUCUUCCUUGUUCUAAUUAUGCACAAACACCUCAAGACCACACUGCUCUUUCCUGCUUUGCAUCUGCAAUCAUGGCCAGCUCUGUGCACUUACCCUUAUUCUUGUCACCUCUGCUUUUGCAGAAUACACUGUGUUCUCCCAGUGUGCCAUCCUGCAGCACCAUCACCCCUCCUCAUCUCCUGCAUCUUUUGUGGCUAACCUGCCCCCCAGCCACUCUCCCAACCACCUACUGGCUCCCCAUGUCCUCUUAUUUGAGCCUACAACACUUGAUUACUUCGGGGUUUUUAUUAGGAUGGGAACUGCUAAGAAUCCUCUCAUUGUUCUUAAAAAAAUAAUGAUAAAAAUAAAGCAGUAUGACAAUGUGGUGUUUUAAUGAGCCAUUAAGCUUUCACACAGUUAUGAGCACCAACAGCAGGAAGCUGCAGCUGCUGCAAGGAGCUUCUCCUUGGGCAUCACCUAAUCUUCCUCCUUUGGUUCCUGCAAGACAGUGCUUAGGAAGGGGUGACACCUUCAGUGCUAAGCAAAGGCAAAAUGGAGGAGCUCUCCCACUCACUCAGCUUCCUCCUGCACAGCCCCCCCAACCCAGCACCCCCCUUUUGCUGCACCGAACCCCAGCAGCUGUGAGACCAUCACUCAGCUGUGCUAUACAGAACACGGGUUUCACAAACUUCAAGUUUUGCACAUGAUGUCAGGCUGCCUAAAUUUCACUGAUUCAAUCCAGCCUGUCCUCUUCUCUUUCUCUUCCUUCCUUGGAUGUGGCCUUAAGCGAAUCAGCUUCACGUUGUUCCUUCUCCCCAGACCACAACGCACACUCACAGAGGAACUGGGAGAUCGGAGGGGACAGCAGAGCUGCUCUGGUAAGCCCAGUACUCAUUACAUGGACACCAAGAGCUGAACUCAGACCCAAUGUCCCUUCCCCAUGGCCACCAGCAGCACCUGGGUGUCCAUCCCAGAAUCCAGGGAUGGGGAGCAGGGCCAGUUGGGCACCCCAAACUAUGGUGGUGUGCAAGGCCAAUCUCUGCCACUCACAGAUGUUCUUGAAGCUGAGCCAUCUUCCUUCUUCCAUUCCUGCAGUAAGAAAGGAUGAGAGUAUUAAAGCCCAGGAAAUAUUGUAAUAGCAGGGAACAAAAUAGAAAAGCUGGCCAAAAAGAAGCAAGCAUCGUUUCCUAAUUGCCAAUUCUCAAAGAGGUGACAGACAGCAUUCUGAUCCCAGGGAGAAGCAAACGGGAAGAGCUCCCCAAAGAGCAGCGAUGCUGUGUUACCAGAUGAUGCACGAGGUGGAGGUGUCUGAAGUUAUUUUGAGAAGUUUUAGAGAAAUGUGGAUAUUAUGUUCUCUUAAAGCUCUGUCUCCUGCUUGUCAAAUCAUUGCACUGCUGUUACAAAAUGCCCUCGUGACUCGAAAGCAUGACAAAAGCUCAGAUUUUUAAGGAUAUAUCUUUGUAUGAGUUUGUUGUAUAAAAACCGAAUAUUUUGACUUCAAGUUUUCUGUUAAAAAAAUGAUGUACGUGAUUCUGUGAGUUACCUUCACAUUGUGUAUGCAUGUGGAACAGUGUAUGUGUGCACACAGAGCACAGAACGCAUCAAUAUAUGCAACUGAGAUAAAUGCAUGUUAUAAAUAAACCAUCUAUAACUACAACCCACGUACACUUUAACACAUGCACACACACGUACGAAGACUCAUCUCCUGACAGAUACAAAACAGAGGGAACAACCUGAGACAAAGAGGUGUCAGGUAGGAUAUGUGAUCACAAAAGCACUUCACCCCAAUUUUACACUUCUGGUUGGGCCAAGACCAAACCUGUUUGCUUUCAGAGAAGCACGGGGACUGACUUACCAGAGCCAACAUGAACUGCAGUGCCGUGCUGAGGUCUGGAGAGUGUGAGCACACACUCCUCCUGCAGCACAUGAGCCGCAGCCCAGCACUGCUCACACCGACCCCACACUGCUCCCAAGCCAAACCGUUUCUGCUCUGCUCUCCGCUAGGAUCUCUCUCUGCAGCAUACACUGGGCUGAGCUUGGGAGCAGGAUCUGUUCCAACACAUUCAAACAGAAGUUGGGUUAAAGGAUGUGUCAGAAGUCUGCUGGUUACUCAGAGAAUGCACGAAGAGCCACAGCUAUCUUUAUGUGAAUCAGUGAAGCUCUCUGUCAGCUCCUGGGUGGCCAUGAGGAGCACUCCAACUGCAGCUCUGCAGAGAGAAGUCAAUCAAGCCAGAAAAAAUAACAUUAACUGCAUUAUGUAAUAGAGGUACUAUUCAAAUGGGGGGAAAAAAAAGACAUUUUAAAGAGCAGGGUACCAAUGAGACGGCAAUCAGUGUCAUCUAUCACUGUUCUGGGAGAUCUGGUGGUGACAGCAGAGAGGCACAGUACUAUGAGCCGCCAGGAGCCGAGGGCACAGCCUGCAGCCAAGGGGAGAGCUGCAGGAAGGGAACCUCCAUCCCGAGUUAUCUCCACCUGAGGGUUAAUGUGGCCAGACUAGCUUGGGAUUUUUUUUCUUCUCUUUGUAAAAAUGGCCAUUUCUGACAGGGGGGACAAACCUGACAGGCACGUCUUGUGGCAAAACCUUCUGGUUGUCAGUGUGUUUUCUCUUAUUGCUUCUCAUGGAAUUGGAAGAUACAAAGGUUGCUGGUAUGAACCAGGGCAAAGUGAUCCCACUGGGGUAACGUCCUUUGGGAGGAAUCACACUGAAGCUGCUGCAGUUCCUCUGCAAAGAAGCCAGGAAACGUCUAAAAUUCUGUGCUGGGGAUUAUGCGCUCCUGUUUGCAACAGAUAUUGCACAUCCUAUAAUCUGUUCGAGUGGCAGUAACCAAAAAUACUGAUUUUUGCUCUUUAAAAUCUAGCAGGAAGAACAAUUUCAAUUGGGUAAGCACUGGGAGACCAGGCCAUUCCUGUAGCAGCAAGAACUGGAAAUGCAGCUCUGCAAAGCUCCAAGCCACCCUGGCAGCGCUACGUCUUCCAUAGGAUGGUUGGAAUGAAAGGGAGGAGAGGGGCCAUUCAGUUCCUACCCCAGGCAGGGACACCCCACUAGCUCAGGACACCCAGGCCACCCCUGGCCUCGGGCACCUCCAGGUAUGGGGCACACGCAGCUCUGGGCAGGAUAGCAGCAGGCCCCUCCAGCCUGGCAGCACAGCUCCACGAGCGCUUCGCACACCCCCACUGGGCCAACCUUUCCCAGAUAAGAGCAACCAGGUCCUGUCCGACCUCGGGGAUGGAAGAGCUCUGCAUCUCAAGGGCUCCCUCUGAAAGUUGCAAGAAAUACCAACCAACCAACCCUAAACUUCUGAGCAAUGGGCUAUAGCUGGGGGCUGGUUUGGUGUCGGUGCUCUUUUUAAUUAUUAUUUUAUUUAGUUUUUUAAUCAACUGGGAUAAGCGUCCUAAUAUGGAGAGAACAACUCUUCCUGAAAGGUAAGAAGGCAGCCCUGUGCCUUCUUCUAAUUCCAUCAUUCUCAUCGUGUGACGCGUAACAGAAGCUUUAGCGGAGUGAACUCAACCCGCCCAAUUGCAAACACAACUCGUAUUACUCUGAAAAGAACAUCAGAAUUCCAAAUUGCACAAAGAAACCCCAAUUCCUGCAGGAAAAGAACCAAAGAGGAACCAUUAAGCAAAAGCUCAAUACCGUUCCGCAAUACAUCAGCUUCCAGCACAGCUCCUCUAGGAACUCGACGGAUAUGGUAUAACCAGUUAACAAAACCAGCAUGGAACGUGUCGGCCAAAGAAUAACAACAAAAAAAGAUCUUUUUCAUAUUAAAUUAGAUUAAAUUUUAUAUGAAAACAAGGGUAAGGGAUCGAGGCUUCGUUUCCUUUAAUUUUUAGAACACCAUCAGAAAACAACGCUCCAUCCACAGGGUUCUACAAAAGCGCUGCUGCGUUCAGCCCAUCUUUCAACUGCUUCAAUAUGAGAAUGCCAACUUUUCCAACCGCUUUCAAAGGAAAGAGAUAAAUACCGCAGAGUUCCCAAACACUGGAACUGAAGGACAGAAGCAUGGGGUCGGUACAUUUUUGCAACUCUUUCUAAGAUACGUUUUUUACAUACGUACUCUCAAAAUAACACAAUGGGAUUCCACUUCGUUUCAGACAUUUGGAAAGCAGUGUCAUACUUUAUUUAAAAUAAACCCAUGUAAAAACAAAGCGUAAAUGAAAAUGGUACCUGAAAAAUAAAUUAUUUGAUAUAAAACAAACCAAUAACUUAAAAACACACUAAAUAUACAAAAUGUUUAACCGUGUACUGUACAGAACGGAAAACAAUCGGUAAAACCUUCUGUCCCACAAACAGAUUAAUUUAUAAACAAAAGAUUACAGAAGAUAAGGGAAAUUAAACCAAGAAAAGGAGUACAGUGUGAUUCAUACUGGCGGAUCAAGGUUUGUCCCGACUGGUUUCAAGUUCUUCCCAACGACCAACUGAGAACAUUCGGCCACAGCGCCGAGACGUCGCCCCAACCCCCUUGGAAAUAAGGAACAGGGA